CUGCUCACUCUUUCUGUCUUACGAGACCUUUUGAUAUACAAUUAUCCUUUCAGAAGAACGCUUCAGCUCCUCAAUUCAAUUCACAACUAGCUGAACUCGCUUCUCUAGGAACGUCAUCAAAAUACCGUUUUCCAAGGCGAAUUGUGGACUGGGUCCUCCCGCUCCUAAAUUGGCAACUUAGAGCUUCGCCAAUUGUCAUUGGUACCUUCUGGACUGUACCCACUCACCAUAACGCCUUUCCUUCGUUUACCUCAUCACAACAAGAAUAUCUUUGUAAGUGACUGUCAUUCAUUGGGAGUCAACGAAAUAUUGUUGCGGAAGCUGUAUUUGUCGCCUCAUCUUUCGCUAUCGCGCUAUAUUUGUUGACUAUUUACAUCUUUGUUCGUAUAAAUGUCUUCGACUCGUGAUGUCUGAUUACAGAAUGAUAGAAGCUCAUUCGGAUUCACUUCCAAUGCCAUCGCUUGAGAUUAUCUUCCAUUUUCAUUUAUUUUCAUGGCUGCAAGCCUAACAUUUUAUAGCAGCAUCGCCCGAGCGUGUAUUCUCAUCUCACCUGACACAAAAGAAAGCCAUUAUGUCGCACAGUAAGUCGUUAUCAAUUUCAUUUCAAAACAUCUCUAAUGUAUCACUAGGCAAGCGAAAUACUUCUCGCGCCGUCUUCACCUCACAUGAAAGAUCCCUCGCAAAAUCAGCUUGGAACUCAACGAGCGCACGUCUAUCCAGGGACUCAUUUCUACCAUUCGCAUCGUGCAGGUUAUGUCUUCUCCCGGCCAGAGAGCCAGUCUCAUGUUCUCAUGGGGAUAUCUUCUGUAGAGAAUGCGCCUUAAGCAAUAUCCUAGCCCAGAAGAAAGAUAUCAAGCGUCUUGAAAAGGUCAAAGAAGCCGAGGAAAAGGAGGCAAAUGAGGACGUCAACCGCGCUGAAGAUGAGGCAAAGAAGAGAGCUGUUGAGGAAUUUGAGAAGGUCCAGAUGGGGCUAGAAGCGAAGAUGGGAAGCUCUUUAACUAGCAAAAUAGUUGGGAGAGAGGAAGGCAAGAUUCUUGUUGAGGAGACUGUGGAGGGGAAGAGGGGCGAAAAGAGAAAGUUUGAGCUGGAUGAAGAUGAACUCCUGAGAAUCGCAAGAGAGGAGAGAACGAAAGCCAGAAAGGCGAUUGAUGAUGAGAAGGUAUGUUGAUCUUCCGGAAUCUUCUGCAACAUACUAAUCUCUAUUGUAGGCCGCGAAAACCACUCUCCCCUCCUUCUGGGUCCCAUCAAUCACCCCCUCCUCAAACACAAACUCAACUCUCCACAACAUCACCAAGAAAGUCAAACUCUCACCAGUCUGCCCCGCCUCUCAAGAAGAUAAGCCCCACUACUACUCCCUUCACGGCCUGGUAACAGUACAAUUCACCGAAGAAAAAGAUACCACCACAGGCACAACCCAAAGAAUCUGUCCCUCCUGCAAGAAAGUGCUCAGCAACACAUUCAAAGCCAUGCUCGCCAAACCAUGCGGGCAUGUUCUCUGCAAAAGCUGUGUUAGUAAAUUCAUGACGCCUUCUGGAGUCCAUGAUCCCCAUGCACCGGAUGUGGAUCAGAAUCUGGUUUUGUGUUAUGUUUGUGAGGCGGAUAUUACGGAGCGUGCUGGCGGAGGUGAGGGGAAGAAGGGAAAGGAGAAGGAGGAGGUCGCGCCGGGCCUGGUGGAGAUUAAGAGUGAUGGGACAGGAUUUUCGGGUGCUGGAGGAAAUACCGUUGAGAGGAAGGGGGUUGCGUUUCAGUGCUAGGGGUGUAUUGUAUGUAAGAUAUGGGGUCAUUACUCUGUACAGAGCUAGGUAG